AAAUUGACCAUCGUCGAAUAAUCAUCGCAUCCCAGGUCGUUUACUUAGUGACCGUGUCACUUGCCUGAACGGGGCCACAAGUGUGAAAGUCUCAAGAGAGGAGCGCAGGCGCUUUGCGACACUUUUCUAAAUGACCUGGAGCACCUCAAUUCAGUGAUCACGGAAGGCCACCUCAGUCUGAUCCUCCUCAGGUCCCGGGGAGUGGGCAGGUGUCUUGUGAAACAUCCAACUGCAGUCGGCGCCUCCCUGGUCGGCCGCUUCGUGUCGAAUUACACCUGCUCAGUAAACAGGUGUUGGACUCCAAAGUUACUUCCAAAUCACUUCGUGGACGAAGAAAACGUUCAAGUAAGCAAUGCGAGGGGACGUCUGAGGCAUAAUUAAAAAAAAAAAAAGACACAGAGCAGGGCAGAGACACAAAAAUAAAACGAAGAAACACAACCUGCAUGGUGCAUCCGGCCCAGUGAAAAAAACAGAAGAACACCUCGGAGCGCAAAUUUAUAAAAAAAAAAAGGCACAGAGAGGGCGGCGGAGCGGAGCGGACCCACCCACUGACGAAUAAAAAAAGAAAAGUAAAAACGAAAAUAUAAAAAAGAAGGAAGGAAAAGAAAAGAAAAUUAAAGACACGAAGCUUAAACAGCGGACACCCGAGUGCUUCCGUGCCGUCUGAAGUUUGUAAAUUUCGAACGAAGAAGCAAAGGGAGCGACAGCACAAGCCCAUCACUUUCAAAACGACGCAAUGGCGGACACUCAGAAUUCUGGCAGCACUUUGCCUUCAGGGGGUCAGGUAUUCACGUCCAUCCCAGAUAUCCUGAUGAUUCCAGAAAUUAUUAUCGGAGGUGCUGUUUGGAUCCUGGUGGCCAUCACUAAAGUUAGCAUUCAGAUCAACCAAGGCUGGGUGAUGUUUACCUCGAUUUUUCUUUUUUUCUUCUCCCUGCUGUUUCUGAUUGGCCUGUUCAUCGGAUUUCAGAAGGGGGCACACUUUUGGAAAGUCCUGGAUGUGAUUUAUCACGCCAUUGCUGCUGGCAUGUAUUUCAGUGCUGCUGUCCUUCAGGCGAACGCUACAGUGGUGUAUCAAUAUGGCGGAUGGGCUUCUACUUCUGAAUAUAAGCUCAAUGUCGCCGCCACAGUGCUCUCCUUCAUCGUCACGCUAAUUUACGUUGCCCACACCGCACUUUCCUUCCAAAGAGCGAAAUGAGGAAUACCCAGGGAUCAGGAAUGACGCCAACGCUGAAACGCACCCAUGGAAACACAUCAGUUUGUUUAAUUUUUUUUAUUUAGAUCUGCAAUGAGACUCUGCUUUGUACCGAGAUUCAUAAACGAAGAAAUGCAUCAAGACAACCCUAAAGGACGCCUGGCCAAUGUCAGCCCUUCAGUCCGACGCAACUCUUCGUUUCUUUUUUGCCCAAAACAGGAAGCAAGUGAGAGGAUUGAAGAGGAAUUCAAUUACACGGUAAUAAUAACAGCAAUGAGAACAGAAGUUUCAGUCAUUUCUGGAAACAAUGAUGUCCCACUGAUGUAAAAAAUGGAGACACUUCAUGAUGAAAAUGCUUUGUCUGUUUUCCCAAUUCUGUGCACAUCUCUUAAAUCUCUGCUUAUAAAAAAUGCCUCAUUAAUGGAGAAAGCUGACCUUGACGUGCAUGUGGGGGGGACGUCACAUGACGCAGGACCGCCGUAUUCAAGUGCCAUGUCGGCUGUGUCUGCUGGUGUUGGGGAUGUGGCCUAUGCUUAGGGAGCCACGCCCACUCAGAAGGGGAGGGGUCUGUAUGUUCAGUUUGUUUGAUUACUUGAAGUUGACAUUUUUGAGAUUACUGUACAUAUCUACAUAGUGUGGAGACAGACAGGCGGACACCGAUGGUUUACAACACCACACACGUUUAUUGUCCGUAUUUAUAAUAUUUACACAGUCCCAAAGCACACAACCCAGUGCCCCUGCCCCAAGCACCCUCAGUUCAGGCCUCUCUAUAGUCCUGUCCUUCCUUCACCGCCUCCACUCUUCUCAUCUGAGCUUCGUUCUCUUCCACCCGACUCCAGCUGACGAAUGGAGGGAGGUGGCCCCUUUUAAGUCCAGCCGGAUCUGCUCCAGGUGUCUCCUGAGAAGCUUCCUGGUGUGGCAGAAGCACUCCGGGUGUCCCUGGUAUUCCUUCUGCCAGCACCCCCGGGUGUGGCAGAAGUGCUGAAAUCCAGGGCUUCACAGGGGUCCGGGUGCCCCCUGGCAGUGACCAUGGGCCCCUAUAGGGUUGAGUUUCCAUGCUCCGUUCCCGUGGCCCCCAUACAAACCAGGGCGGCUGCUCUCUCAUGGUCUGGAGGAGGCAUAGUCCCUCUUCCGGCCCUUCCAGGCGUCCCAGCUGGGUACCACCCCCAGCCACCCGCCACAAUAGACACUGCUGAACCUCUCUCAGCCAGAUUUGUUAUAGGAGAAGACCACUGGCUAGAUUUCCUUUUGAAACUUAGCAAGUGCCCCCAGAAGCAGCAUGGUAUAACUGCCAGUGUGUGUGUGUGUAAAUCCACCUUAAUAAAAAGAUAGAAGUG